AUGCCGUCGUCCUGCGCUGCGGACAGCUGUGCAAAUCGUGCUUCAGCAGACUGUCCUUACCGCUUUUUUAGAUUUCCAAAAUCAGAUCGAGAACGAUGUCAGAUGUGGAUAGCUUCAGUUUGCCAUCGUCGUCCAGUUGGCUGGUGGCCAUCCGAUGGUAUGCGCAUUUGCGGGAAGCAUUUUUUGACUGAAGAACCCUCCGACUCUCCACAUGACGUGGACUACAUCCCGACAAUUGUGGAUAGCAAGCCCAAAACUGAAGAGCGAGCUGUUCAAGCUGAUGCCAGAAAAAAGCGACAAUUCCGAAGGGAACAGAGGAAGGGAGAUCAGCCGGAUGAAGCUGCUGCUGCUUUUGCUGCUCAACCAGAGGAAUUACCUCAAUCUGAACCUGUCAGUGCUGAUAAAGGUCCUGUAAUUCAUGCCCCAUUGCCGGAGACCACUGAUGGGCUUGCGGCACGUAUCCGGCAUUUGGAGUUCCGUGUCCACCAAUUGGAGACACACGCUUGUGAGGUAACCAGUGAGCUGGACACCUACAGAGCAGCAGCCAGCCGCAAGCAGUCUAUCUCGGCACAUGACCUUGAAGGCAAGGAUAAACUGGUUCGUUUCAACACUGGUUUCCCUUCGUACGCCGCCUUCAUUUCCUUCUUCCAUUACCUGUCUGGGAAAGCUGGGCGCCUCCAUAUCUGGCGCGGUCAGAAAGAAGAAGCGCUUCGUUCCGCAACAGGUGUGACAGGUCGGCUAACGAUGCAGUAUGCUAGUAGGCAGCUGGAGUUAGUAGAUGAGUUUCUGGCUGUCAUGAUGCGGCUGAGGCUAGGAUUGCUGGUGGAAGAUGUUUGCUUCCGGUUCGGCAUUUCUGCCACCUACUUCUCGAAGAUCUUCACAACGUGGAUAGUGUUCUUGUCGAAGGAGUUGGCUUUACUCUUUCCCUGGCCAUCUGCUGAGCAGGUUCGCUUCCACACCCCACCACAAUUUGCAAAGUAUCCUAACACUAGAGUAAUAAUUGACUGCUUUGAACUAUUUAUUGAGCGUCCAUCUGCUCUCCGUGUGAACUGCCAGAUGUUCUCUCACUACAAGAACCACUCGACGUUCAAAGCUCUGAUUGGCAUCAGCCCUGGUGGCGUUGUCAUAUAUCUAUCCAAGUUGUUCACUGGACGUGCGUCAGACAAGUUCAUUGUGUCUCACAGUGGCUUUCUUGAUCUGAUCGAGCAUGGUGAUAAUGUAAUGGCGGACAAAGGCUUCGAAAUUCGGGAUCUUCUCCUGCCUAAACGUGCCACUCUCAACAUCCCACCAUUCCUGGGCCAACAACGAAGCCAGUUCACUGCCCAGGAAGUGGACGAUACACGCAGAAUUGCUGCCCUUCGUAUUCACGUUGAACGAGCAAUUGCCCGUCUUCGGUGUUUCCGGAUUUUACGCGGGACACUCCCCAUCACACUUGCCCCUAUUGCUAAUGACAUCGUCACAGUCUGCACUCUCGUCACAAAUUUUUCUGAUCCUCUGGUCGCAGAUGAGCACUGA